CUGAGGGAGAACUUCUGUCGAAAUCCCAACAAUGAUCCUGGUGGUCCAUGGUGCUACACCACCGAUCCCAAUGUACGAGCUGAGGAGUGUGGCAUACCGCAGUGUUCAGAGGAAGUCUGUAUGACGUGUAACGGGGAGGAUUACCAGGGCAAAAUGGACCAUACAGAGAGCGGCAAGGAGUGCCAGAGAUGGGACUCAGUGAGGCCUCACAAACACCACUUCCAGCCCAAAAAGUAUCGGGACAAAGAUUUAAAGGACAACUACUGUCGGAACCCGGAUAAUCGUCUCCGUCCCUGGUGCUACACCAUGGAUCCCAAAACUCCAUGGGAGUACUGUAACAUCACCGUGUGUGACUCAGACCCCAGCGAAGACGCUGAUGUCAACAUAACGACGUCCUGCGUCCAGGGAAAGGGCACAGAUUACCGAGGCACAAUGAAUGUCACUCCAGAGGGUGUGACAUGUCAGCGCUGGGACUCUCUUCCCCAUAACCACUCCUUCCUUCCUCAGAACUUCAAGUGCAAAGACCUUAGAGAGAAUUACUGCCGCAACCCGGAUGGUGCAGAUUACCCAUGGUGCUUCACUACAGACCCAAAUCAGAGGAUAGCCAACUGCACCCACAUCCCCAGAUGUGAUGCAGAGGACACUCAAAAAAUAGAGUGUUAUGAAGACAACGGAGAGAUGUACCGGGGCACUUUAUCCACAACUCGAUCAGGGAUUCCCUGUGCAGACUGGUCACAUCACAUAAACAGUGGGGAUUCUCACUCUACGGUAUCCUAUGUAGGGCUGGAGAAGAACUACUGCCGGAACCCAGACCGGGACAAGCAUGGCCCCUGGUGUUACACCAAUCCAAAUAACCGCUUGGCCUGGGACUAUUGCAAACUGAAGCACUGUGAAUCUACAGUGGCUUCUCAACCAAACAGUGUGACAAAGCCUAAGAUCUCCUGCUUUGUGCAUAUAAACACCAGAAUAGUUGGAGGGCAUCAAGUGCGAGGUACAGACGGCAGCUGGGUAGUAAGCAUCCAAAGAGAGAAGGUUCAUUUGUGUGGCGGCUCAUUGAUCAGAGAAGACUGGGUUCUGACAGACCAACAGUGCUUCACUUCCUGUGUUCCAGAUCUCAGGGAUUACAGCGUUCAGGUUGGUCUGCGCCACCUCAAUGAAUCUUCAAGUCACCCGAGGCUGCGGAUCUCUCGCCUGAUCUGUGGCCCCGAAGGAUCCAAUCUGGUUAUGCUGAAACUAGCAGAUCCUGCCCCUGUGUCUGAGGGUGCCUCCACCAUUCAUCUCCCAGUAAAAGAGUGUCACAUUACUGAAGGCACCAACUGCACCAUGUAUGGAUGGGGGGAAACCAAAAGUACUGACUUCUUUCACCCACAUGCCCAACCACUUUCCAUGUUAAUGAUGACUUAAACAAAACAUUUUCUGUGACGUUCAUCACUCAUGGUUUUUGCUUCCUUCUGUGUUCAGAUACAGGAUACGAUGAAGCGCU